ACACAAUGCAACCGGAAACUGAAGAGCGCAGUCAGCUGACUGGACUGUGUGUUGUUGAGUAGUUCUGACAGUUAAACGCAGUUCUUUAGUCAUUAAAUAAUAUAACAUAGCUGUUUUAUAUUAUUAUACGUUAGUGUGUCAGUAGAUAUGUUACGACCGAAGGCGUUGACGCAGGUUCUCAGCCAGGCGAACACUAACGGAGUCCAGAGCACCCUGUUACUAAAUAAUGAAGGUUCCCUUCUGGCUUACUCCGGGUACGGGGACACCGACGCACGAGUAACAGCCGCCAUCGCUAGCAACAUCUGGGCGGCCUACGACAAGAACGGCCACCAAGCCUUUAACGAGGACAAACUCAAAUUCAUACUCAUGGAUUGUAUGGAAGGACGAGUGGCCAUCACUCGAGUAGCCAACCUCCUACUGUGUAUGUAUGCCAAAGAGACAGUGGGCUUUGGGAUGCUUAAAGCCAAGGCUGAAGCCCUGGUGCAGUACCUGGAGGAACCAUUAACCCAAGUAGCAGCGUCAUAGUGGAGAUGUGACUGAAGCUCUGCCUGGAAAACAAGCAUCAUGUGAUCCAGGUCAUUCAUGGACUACUGUAACAAUCUGUGUACAUGCAUAUAUAUCUAUGAGUGAGUGAGUGUGAGGGGCGGGGGGGUUUGGUGUAUUUAUAAUCAUAGUGUUGAAACUAAUAACUUGUAUGGGUUUUUAAAGUCUUUUCCCUCUCAUGUGACGCUCGUGUUCAUCUACUGGUCUGUUCUGAAAGUCCCACAGUGUGUACAGCUGCUGAAAGGAAUCCACUAUCAACUGCUCCCACGAUUCAUUCAUUCAUUUGCAGUGUUAGUUCAGGCAUGCCGAUCACAUUUAAGCAAAAAAAAUUUAACAUUUUGAAUCCUGUCAGAGGAGUAAAAUGGUUCGUGGAAACUUUCAUACGAAUGUCUGUCUGAUAAAAUGCAAUUAAUAUUAUUUGCUAUACGUUUUGUUUCAAAGCUGUCAAAUAAACAAUUUUUGGAUUAAUA